AUGCCUGCUACUGAUCUCAAUCCUGCCCGCAGGCCCAUGAGACUCUACCUUAAGGUAGAAAAGGCGUUAGAGAUCUCCAUCCAGAAGCUUGAGAGAAAUGCCUGGUCUUGCUUGAGCGAGAAGGACAAGCAGACAGUCCUCGUUGCAGUUCGUCGUGAGAUGAAGAGAAUCAUCGAUCGUGAUAUGGAUCAGUAUCCCACUCGCACACCGAUCGACUAUUCAACCAUCGUGGAGGAUGGCAUCCGAAUUGCCUUUGAGCAGAACCUUAGCCUAUUCAACUGGGUAUACAGCGGAUGCGAGGACGACUCGCUAGUAUCCGAGCUUAUGGAUGAAAGCUUUGAUCAGUAG